CUCCGCCGCUGCCGCCAAGAGAGCGCGGUUCUACUCUAUAUGUGUACGCUGAAUGGUGGGGCCCACCGUUUACACACAGUGUACUGCGGAGACUGCUGUACCUACUACGCCGCCGGUAAAUUCGAAUCCUCUUUUGAAAUUCCACGUGAUCGGUAUAUUGGGACGGUCAUGCGUUUUGGAGCAGCGUGAUGUAGCGAGGGAGGCCGAUGCACACACUGGAGUGCAUCGCGGGAAUGUCGAGCUACGCACCUGCUCUCUCUCUCUCUCUCUCUCUCUCUCUCUCUCUCUCUCUCUCUCUCUCUCUCUCUCUCUCUCUCUCUCUUUCUCUCUCUCGCUCGCUCGCUCCGUGAGUAUAGGCAAUUUCGCGCGUUUGCCUUGUGGCGCUUCUCCAAUUUUCACAUUUUCAGCCGUCGUUCGCAGUGAGCGAGUGACGCAAAUGUGACACCAAAAUUUCAAGUCGUUCAAUAAGGAACUUUGACGGACAAAGAUUUCCGAGCGAUUUCGUAAGAGCGUAGUGCGAUCGAGGCUAGUGGAGAACGGCCGUAAGAAAUCACGGCGACGGUACCGAUGGCGCCACCAACCGGUAGCACGGCCAACCAGCCAGAGUCAGUAAAUACACUGAUACACAGCGAUACUACAUUUCACGGACAGCGCGCUCCGAAAGCGACUGCGGCGGCCCUCGGCAACACAUGUGCAGUAGUCCGAGGCUGCGCGUGAACCGAUGGCCGUGAGCUCGUCCGUGCGCUGCUGACAAAGGAGCUCGCGCUACCUACUCUCCACUGCUCUCCUACAUCUGCGCACAGGCCGAGUAUACGAGUUGCGAGUUCGCGACUGCCUGGAAAAGGCACUCACACAGUCUCUGCCUCUGGCUGUGUGCGUGUGCGCUCUUGUCCCUGCUCUGCUAUAGGCCAUAGGAGCACAGGCCAGGCAGUGUAGCGCAGCAGCAGCAGCAGCGACGACGACGAUCCAAACAAGCAUCAGCUGUGUGUAUAGCGAGAACGAGGAGCGCAGUAGUCAUUGUUCGCUCGCGAGUCGCGACUGGCUCCGUCUCUCUUCGCCCCGAGUCUGGCCUUGACAACUGCGACUGCGACGACGACGAGGAACAGGAGGAUGCUGCUGCCCAUGCCACGACGAGCGCGAGACGACGCCACUGCAGCAGCAGUUCACCAGCAGUCCUGAGCAGUCCAAGCAGCUGUGGGAGAAACAAGCGACUGCCGCGAGGCGGAGAAUAUCCCGCAAGCUUGCGGAGAGUGGCCGCCGAGAGCGAGGAAGAAAGUGAGUGCACGAGCUUAAAACGGAAUCGUUUCCCCACCAGCUCGCUCGCGACGUCUUCGUCAGCAGCAGCAGCAGCAGCAGCGGUGACGGCGGUGACGGCGAGUGCAGCGCGCGUGUGAAAAGCGAGUAGGAGAAGAAGAAGACGACGAAGGAGGAGGAAGAGGAGAAAGAAAGAGGGCAAGACGAGGAGGAGGCUGUGCAGCGGUGGGAAGCAGCGGGACAGAGUGAAUUUCGGGGAGGACGAUAAACUUGUGGCGAAAAAAACGGGGCGGCACAAGCCUGGCCUCGAGCGGCGAGUCGGACGACGGUGGGCUCGCUCCGCCACCGCGCAAAAGGUCCCGUAGUUCCCUGCCGACUACUCAGAGGCCAGCUGCCGCGGCGGAGCUGCCGCUGCUCACACACUCCUCCAGCCAGGAGCAGCAGUGCGCGGAGCAGGCCCACCGUGACCACGACGACGACGACCACGAACACCACCAGGACGGUCAGGCGAGCCCUAAAGAUAUGGACAAUUAUCGCAUGAUGCAGCAACAGCAGCAGCAGGGCGCCAAUGGUGCUCCGGUGUCUCCCGGAGCCCAGCAGAAUGGGACUGCAUCAGACUCUGGUGGAGCCCACACCAAUGGGAACAUUGCCACAGAGACGGAUGGGGAUGCCGGGGAGCUGAACGGAGAGGAGACCGAGAGCAUGCCUGCCAAGGCCAUGGACAAGACUAAUCAGGACAUUGUCAGACUCAUUGGCCAGCACCUCAAGACUGUGGGACUCCAUCGCACUGCUGAUCUCCUGAUGCAAGAGUCUGGAUGCCGCUUGGACCAUCCAGCUGCAGCCAAGUUUCGUCAGCAUGUCAUGGAUGGAGACUGGACAAAGGCUGACCAUGAUCUUGAUGAGCUCAAAAGCUUUUUGAACAGUGCCAAUCAGAGUCUUGUUGAAAUGAAAUUCUUGCUGCUAGAGCAGAAAUAUUUGGAACAUCUGGAGGAUGGAUUGGUUCUGGAAGCACUUCAAGUUUUGAGGAAUGAACUUACACCUUUGGGUCACAACACAGGUCGUGUUCAUCAACUGUCUGCUUUCAUGAUGUGCAGUGGUAGAGAUGAGCUGCAGUCUCGUGCUGGUUGGGAAGGAAAGGGCCUAGAAUCAAGAGCUGCUCUGAUGGACAGAUUGCAGAAGUAUCUUCCUCCAUCCAUUAUGCUGCCGCCGCGUCGUCUUCAUUCCCUUCUUUGUCAAGCUGUUGAAAUGCAGAAUCAACAGUGCACAUACCACAUCACUCAAACACAGACAAACCUCGAAAAUGUCUCGCUACUAGUCGAUCAUAGCUGCAGUAAGGAGCAAUUUCCGUGUCAUACCACGCAAAUACUCAAUGAUCAUUGUGAUGAAGUCUGGUACUGCAAAUUCUCACCAGAUGGACUUAAACUUGCCACAGGCUCAAAAGAUAUGUCCGUCAUUAUUUGGGAUGUAGAUCCCGAAACACUGCGUGUGACGCACAGAAAGACCUUGGAAGGACACACUUACGGCGUGGCACUGAUCGCCUGGAGUCCGGACAGCAGUCAUUUGAUUGCUUGUGGUCCAGAGGAUUGUCCCGAGUUGUGGUUGUGGAGUGUUGAUACACCGGACUGUGAACUGCGCGUCAAACUGAACCAGAGCACUGAGGACUCUUUAACUGCCUGCGCUUGGCAUCGCGAUUCUAAUAAAUUUGUCACUGGUGGAUUACGUGGUCAAUUUUACCAAUGCGAUAUAGAUGGAAACGUAUUGGAUUCGUGGGAAGGAGUCAGAGUAAAGAGUCUUUGGUGUCGAAGCGACGGCAAAACGGUAUUAGCUGCAGACUCUCAUCACCGCAUUCGUGGCUAUAAUUUCGAUGAAUUGAGCGAAUUUACAAUAUUGCAAGAGGAUCAUCCUAUCAUGUCGUUUAGCGUAAAUAAGGCAGAUCGUCAAGCUCUGCUUAACGUUGCUCAUCAAGGUGUUCACUUGUGGGAUUUGCAGGAUAGGAGUUUAAUUAGACGUUUCCAGGGAGUUACUCAAGGGCAUUUUACUAUUCAUAGUUGUUUUGGUGGCGUUAAUCAAGAUUUUAUUGCUUCGGGCAGUGAAGAUAAUAAAGUUUAUGUAUGGCACAUAAAAAAAGAGUUACCUAUAGCCACAUUAACAGGACACAGCAGGACAGUCAAUUGCGUUUCCUGGAAUCCCGUUUAUCAUCAGAUGAUGGCUUCUGUUUCGGAUGAUUGUACAAUAAGAAUAUGGGGACCGAAAUCAUCAUGUGCAGAAACAUCAGAGAGCAACACUUCAAAUGGUGGUGGAUGGCAUGAAAUGGUAUCGUAGCAAACAUGGUCCCAAUCAUGUUCUCACAACCCUAUGGUGUUCAAAAGACUGUCGUGUUGACUAUCACUCGAGUUCUCCUGCCCUUUAAUAAUUUCAUUAUACCUCAUAGCUGCUUUCAAGAUUUGAUCACGAAUCUUCGCGUAUCAGAAAGUGGCCCGAUCAAGAAGUAUGUUCGAGGAUUCAGUUGUCCAAUUAAAAUCGAUCGAAAUAAGAACUGAAAAAUAAUAGAGCAGUCAAGUGAUAUUCUUGAAUAUUGUGAUUUCACUCUUCUCGCUUAUGUGAGUCGCAAUUCUAUAUAAAAUAUACUAAAUUAACUUACUCAUCUCCUGGCAAAAAAAUUUUAUUUUAUCUUUUUUAAAUUUCGAAGUCAUUAUAGAUUAAAGGUUUUUAAAUAAAAUUUAUUUUUCAUAUGUAAUAGGAGAAAAUUCUUUUGCCAGGAUAUUUAUUAGACUGCUAUAAAUACGUGAUUAUUGAAGAUGGAAUACGGAACACGUUGACAAAAUAUAAAAAAAAGUAGGAUUAAGAUAUCAUGUAAUGAUUCACAUGAUAUGAUAAUUUUUUCUAGAUAUUAUUCAAUUUGUCAAAUAUUUAAAUUUCACGUUUAUAUAUUAAAAUGAUUUAGUUAUAAGCAUUAGGAAGCUUGGCAUUAAAUUCUACAUUGUGCCAAUACCAGAUUUUAAAAACACCAAAUUCCAAGUAUAAAAAAUGCCUUGAAUUAUUGGAUGUGGAAAUAAAAUAUAUUUUGCAUAUGCUUUGUCAAUAAAAGUCUGUAAUCCAUCGUAAAUACAACAUUUUAUUAAACCUUCGAUCACGUAAUAGUAUCGCAACGCAUGACCGGAGAAAGCAAAAUUUCUGAUUUACUUAUUUUGUUAGAAUUAAAAUAAUCCAGGUCUUAUAGGCAAAAACAACGGUUAAAGGUCAAUAAUGUAUACCGAACACUUAAAGUUACGGCUAAUAUGAAGAUUGUUUUGCAGUACAAACAUAUAAUAUAAAUGCGCCAUUCUUAUGCAUACAAUAAAGAAUAUGUAAUAAUCUCAGACCUAAUGAAUUCGAAGUAUUAUUAAUUAAUUUGGAAAAACUUGGUAUCGAUUUCAUCAAUCGUUGGUUUCAAAAUAAUUCACGUAAAGUUGACAAAUUUUUGUAUAUUUAGUAAUGUAUACUUACAAUAUAUAGACGCUAUUCAUCGAUAGAAGCUUUAUAUUUCCAAAACUCUUUAUUGAAGAAGUAUUUUUUAAAUUGUGUAUAUUUAAGAGUGAUCUCAAAAUGGGAAAGCUAUUUCGUAAUGCAUUCAAGAGGGACAGAUAGAGCGAGGAAUUCUUCAUCAUCGAAAUAAAAUUCUGUAUGGUAGGUUUACAAUAAAAUAAAAUAAUAAUAGUAACGGGAGUCAUAUAAUCAUGUAGUCGAUAGACACUCGACGAGUUCAUAGACAAAUCCAAUCACCUUGAUAAUCUAGUGAAUAUAUAGACUAGCUAACUAUUCAUAGUUCAGCAAUCAGAUGAGCGAUUGCAAUUCAAGUAAAAAAAUGGUAAGAUUCUUAAACUAUUUAUAUUUGAAGGGAUGAUUUUAUAUAACGUAUGGGAUAAAUAUAGUUUGACAUCUAGUAGUUGCUAACUUUGCAUUUGUUUCAAUGAUUGAUCCGCAGCCCAUAUUGUUGCAAUGUUGGACAUCAUUAUAACGAUGACUUCCGUCGGGUGCGUCAGUCUUCGAGCAACAUCACACAAUGUCGUUUGUAACAUAAGAUACUUUUGUUUAACUGGCGUAUUACUUUUCGAACUCUUAAUCCGCAAAUCUACUCAAUGAGUAUAACUCUUAUGUAAAAACAUAUAAGCAAAUUCUAAUCAAACGAUAUGCUGAUUAAAUUUUUUAAUUUAUUGCGCAAUUGCAUUUUUUUUUUACUUUCAGGAAAAAUUCCAGUAAAAAUAAAGACUUAAGCUCUACAAUGUUUUGUUUACAUUUUUUUCGCUCGACAACUGUUAUUCUGAUGAAACUCAGAGUUAUCGCAAUUUCACGAGACUUGCAGUUAUUUAAUCAGAGACACUUUUCGUUACUAUCUGAAAUCAAGUCGUCGACCGUGUGUACUGCGUUGUGCCCAACGGAAGGAUAAAAAUAUCUUGCGUUGAAUUUCCAAUCUUCACGUGUAUAAAUAUUGCAGAAUUUCAAAGAUCAAGCAGAGUUAUAAACACAAAAUGGCAUGUUGUCGAGUGCGAUAAUCACUGAGACAAUUGCAAUGCUUAAGUAAAUAUACAUAUAUAAUAUAGACAUCGACGUGGGUACAUCAACAUAUAAUUUUCUUGUCUCACUUAUCGGCUCACAACAAUUAAAGCUGUGAGCUUGAAGCGACCGAAACUGAGAGGGAAAUUGUACAGAAAAAAGUUUUCGUAAUAAGUUGUAGAUGUAGACAAAAGAAAUACUUAUCAAUAAUUAACAAGAAGGUUAUGAUAUAUUAUAGCUGUUUAACUUUCAAGAAUGUACCGUUCAAUCAUGAUUGUAUAUGUAACACGUACACGAUGCAAUAGUCAUCGACUGCUGGAUGUACUUUGAGUGCCUUAGCACUUGGAAGUUCCAUAAUUAAUAACAGAUUUAAAUCAAAUCGACCACUUUUUGCCCAAACAAAACAAACGACCAGUUUAUCGCAUUUUAAUCGCUCUCUGCUAAUUUUCAUUUUUAUUAUAUCCCUUAUAUGCAGGUACACUUAUUUUUAACACGACACGAGUUUUAAGCAUCGAGUGAGUUCUUUUAAUUGUAAAUUCAUCGUAGACUGACAAACUAUUGUAUAUUAUAUAUAACGAUAAUUGCAACAUAUUUGACUUACAUGAAGCAAUAUACAUCGAUGACAUAAAAAAAUGACGUUAAUAUCGAAAUGCCGAAAAAUUUGUAUCGUUGCACGUGAAAAAAAAAUCCAACCAUAUUGAUUGCAUUAUUACUUUGUAUAAGCGAUUGAUUUGUAAAUCAAUUCACGAACCUUGUCUUUCAGAUUGAAAUUUGUAAAAAAAAGCUUCAUUGUUGAAAAGCUAGUCGAUUGCAAAUGUAUGUUUUUAAUACGGCACAAGAUCACAAGUAUAUAUUAUACGAAUGUCGUUUGUACAGCUAUCCAAUGCAACUCUAAUUAUUAAACUAGAUAGAAAAAAUAUAUAUUAUAUAUAAACAUAAAAAGUAUAAGCGGGAAAUGAAAAUUGUAGAAAUUAUAUUUUUGUCACUGGUACAACCAAUUGAGAAACCCCUGUGCCAUGCUAAAUUCAUUAAAAUCUCGAGGGCAUUCAGAAACUUUGAAAAUUGUAAAUCUUAAGCAGCGUUUUUUAGGAUAAACCUACGUAAGCAUAUAAUAACUAAGAUCAUGAUACACAUAAAUUUCGGGUAUCAAAACGGGUAAAAUCAUACGAAUAAAUCUGAGUCGAAUCUGUAUUAAUGCAAGUCGCGUGUUUUGCAUUGUUUUUUCGGAAAGUCAAACACUACUAGGCCUUCGAAACUAUAAACAUAUUCUUUCCAAGUUUCUGAGUGCCACUCACAUUCUGGGUAUACAUAUUUUCGAACAUUUUUCAACAAGUCACACUAUCAUCUUGAUGCUAAAAAUAAGUCAGGCGUGUGCACAAAGCCCCUCUAAAAAAAUAUUAUAUAAACGUUAUGAGUAAAAAUUCUAAUAUCCUGCAAUAUAUAAGAAAUAAAAAAUCUAUUGUUAUUAUAAUCGGUACGCUAUAAGAGGUGGGCAGUCUUUAACUUGAUUUCAAAAGCUGUGAUCUCUCAUAUAUACGUAAGGUAAUAAUGAUUUUUUAUCGACACUCGCAUACUCGCGUCAAAAUCAAACUUCAUCCGUACUUAUUACAAAUAUGACCGGACAAGUACUUUUAAACAUAGUCAAAAGAUCGAUGCUGUCUGGAUGUUGGACAAUUUAUCUUUUUUACAAAAUCAUAUCUCGAAACUAUAGUCGCGUGUAUACAAUGGAAAAUCAGUAGAAGUCUUGCGGUAUUUUACCUUUUCCACUAUCAUAAGUAUCCGUACCAUAAGUAGAAAAGGUCACGUGUUGCAGGACUGUGAAAAGUAUACUUUUAUAAAAAAUCGUAACCGUUAUGUUGUCUAUUCUUCUAAAAUAGAAAUUACGGGACGAAAGUUCAUCGUUUUAUGUACAACUGUCUUGACAUCUUGCUGGCAUCCUUUCUUUCCCAUAUACGAGUAUACGCAAUUGAAAAUAUAAAUACAUCAAAACUGCCAACCUCCGUACGCAUAGUAUAUGCUAUAUAUAAUGUGUGUGUGUGUGUGUGUGUGUGUGUGUGUGUGUGUGCGCGUGUGAUCAUCGCGAGUGAAUAUUUUGUCAUGUAUAUCACCGGAGUUUGAGAAAGAGAAGCGUACAGAAUACUUCAACCGUGGCUCUUCCUCGAUAUUUAUACAGCGUCUCCGUAUUCUAUUGCUGAUUCAUACGAGGAUUAUUCGAGAGAGAAAGAUGGAGAGUAUAGUAAAGAGAUAUUGUAUAGCACCGAUCGUUUCACGUUGAUAUAUACGCAGUGUUAAACUAUAGCUUAUACGACAAUGGCAUGUGUAAUCUCUAUGCAAUUAACAUAGCGAGAGAAUCCAAACAGUGGGGCUAUAUUACCAAUAUAACAUUAUAUAUUUAUACAUUUCAAUACACAGAGCCGAAAAAAAUCAUCGACUAAGAGAGCAAAAUCAGCGAAUUCAACUUUUCAUUUUCGUGCAAUGUUACAAGGGUAUAUAAUUAUUACUAUAUUAUGAUGCACCACCUAACUAUAUAGCGUGAGAGCGGAGUUAGCAAAAAUGAUAAAAAAUAUAAAUCGAUUCUGUAAAGACGUAUUACAUACGACUCCUAUGAUGGUUCUGUACUAUAUAUAAUCUUUGGCCCAGACGAUUAUUAAUGGCCUUAUGUAUUUCGCUUUGUAAAUGACCGCGACGUUUAUGUAUGUCAAAAAAUAUAACCGUAUAAUAGUGCGCGAGUUGAGCAGCAUUUUGUAAAACUUGGAUUAAUCAUAUAUGAUCAGUACCGUAUAUUAUAUAGAUAGUUGAAAUAAAAGUAAAACAACUUGAAUGUAUUUGUAUUUGUAUCAUAGAUAAAAACAACAAAAUGAUAAUGUGUGAAGCGCUUAGAGUACAGCGUUUAUCUGCCUAUACAUAAGUACAUAUUACAUGCAUCUUCGAUAGAUUGGUGAAACAUAUGCGAGUAAUGAUACGUUUGUUUGGAUUCUCGAUUUUGAUUAACGCAGAUAUAUAUACGUUAGAUUACGUCUCGUUCGUCUCUCGUCGUUAUAACGAAAAUAGUUGUUUAUUUACUUUCUCGCGACAGAAUUGCGCGUAAGUAUUCGCUGUAGACGAUGAUGAUGAUGAUGGGUGCAGUGAGUCAAUAAGUGGCGUUUGCGCGCAAUUCUCUUCGAGGAUGACUGCCAGAAAAUAAUAUAAAAAGAGUAAAAACAAAAAGCGAAUAUCAAGACGCUCCGAAAUUACGCACAUCUAAUUGCAUGCACAUGCAUACGAGAUAUAUCACGAAAAUCAAACAGUAAUUAUUAAUUUACGAUUAUACGGGCUAAAAGAAGUUUUCCGAGCAUACAAUACACGCGCCGAAGAUCUUGAACGGCUAAAACGUGUGAGAAAUGAAUUGCGAACAGUUAUAAGGAUCAACUUUCGGUUUAUGUUAUUAUAGUUUUUAAUAAAAAUUUCCUGGAUUAUUCAUUGAUCUUUUGUAGUAAAACUAAUUAAAAUCUC